CGUCGGCCCUCCCCACCACUGCUGUGCAGCGCGAGUCCCGAGCCACCAGCCAUGAGCUCGAUCGCCGCCAACCUCCUGCGCCCCGUCGUCAUCUGCGGCCCGUCUGGCACGGGCAAGAGCACGCUCCUCAAGAAGCUCUUCAACGAGUUUCCCGACAAGUUUGGCUUCUCCAUCUCGCACACGACGCGUGCGCCGCGACCAGGCGAGGAGCGCGGCGUGUCGUACCACUACGUCUCGCGCGAGUCGUUCGUCGAGCUCGUGCAGCAGGACGGCUUCAUCGAGCACGCAGAGUUCAGCGGCAACAUGUACGGCACGAGCGUCAAGAGCGUCGAGGACGUCAAGCAGGGCGGCAAGAUGUGCAUCCUCGACAUUGAUACCCAGGGCGUCAAGCUCAUCAAGGCCAACCACCCGCACCUCGACCCGCUGUACGUCUUCAUCUCGCCGCCGUCGCUCGCGUCGCUCAAGACGCGCCUCGCCGGCCGCGGCACCGAGUCGGACCACUCGAUGCAGGCCCGCCUCGCGGCCGCCGUCGGCGAGCUCGAGUACGCAAAGAGCGGCGCGUUCGACGUCGUCGUCGUCAACGACGACCUCGAGCGCGCCUACGCAAAGCUGCGCAGGGUCGUCGUCGACCGCGACCUCGAGGCGGGCGACCAGCUGCCCGACUUUGCCGCAGAGCAGUGAGGGCCGGCGCGCGCUCUCUCUCUUUAUCUGCAACGACUGCCUUGCUGUCUCGCUCUCGUCGAG